GACCGUCUCCGUUUCCGCGAACGCGACCGCGAGGACUCUGUCAACCAAUCCUCGAGGUACUGUUCUUUAUCUAUUGGCUGGCCGCGCUGCAGUGCGUCAAUGGCUUCGACACGUCGUUGGCGCUUUGCAGCUCUGGAGUUAGCGACAGGCAAUUUCUUAGGGAGGGGGGCCGAGGGAUACGAACAGCUCGCCGGUACCUCUGCGUCCCAGGGCAGAGGUCGUUUCUUUCGCGAUGGCCCUCCGGAGCCGGAGUCAAGCUUUUGGACUGGUGCGGGCAUGUCGGGCGGUACGAAGGGAGCGUUGGCGGUGGUUAUGUAGAGUCGGUGG